GCGCGGCCUCCCGCGGCUCCUCGGGGGCGGGGCCUGGAGGUCACUAGCGUCGCUGAGGAAAACCCGGACCGGCCCUGCUGACGGACAGACGGACAGAAGGACAGACGGACAGAAGGACAGAAGGCCAUGGCGGUCUCCCUGCUGGUUCGAGGCUGCAGCCGGAUCGGCCGAGCUUUCUGUUCCCGUGGCUGGAGGCAGCUGCACACCCUCUAUCAGUCUGUAGAGCUGCCUGAGACACACCAAAUGCUUCGCCAAACGUGCCAGGAUUUUGCCUCAAAGGAGCUGGCCCCUAUUGCUGGACAACUGGAUAAGGAGCACCGCUUCCCUGGUGCUCAGAUAAAGAAGAUGGGCAAGCUGGGGCUCCUGGCUAUGGACGUGCCGGAGGAAUUCAAUGGCGCUGGGCUUGACUACUUGGCCUAUGCUAUUGCUUUGGAGGAGAUCAGUCGGGGCUGUGCAUCAACCGGAGUCAUCAUGAGUGUCAACAACUCUCUCUAUUUGGGGCCAAUCCUUAAGUUUGGAUCCAAGGAACAGAAGCAGCAGUGGAUCUCACCCUUUACCAGUGGGGACAAAAUCGGCUGCUUUGCUCUCAGUGAACCAGGAAAUGGCAGCGAUGCUGGAGCCGCCUCCACCACGGCCCGGCUAGAUGGGGAUUCGUGGGUCCUGAAUGGCACCAAAGCCUGGAUCACUAAUGCCUGGGAAGCCUCCGCUGCCGUGGUCUUUGCCACCUCGGACAAGGCCUUGAAGCACAAGGGCAUCACAGCCUUCCUGGUCCCCAUGCCGACGCCGGGGCUCUCUCUGGGGAAGAAGGAGGACAAGCUGGGCAUCCGAGCCUCCUCCACGGCCAACCUCAUCUUUGAAGAUUGUCGCAUUCCCAAGGACAACAUACUGGGCAAGAUGGGCAUGGGCUUCCACAUUGCCAUGCAAACCCUGGACAUGGGCCGGAUUGGCAUCGCCGCCCAGGCCCUUGGCAUUGCCCAGGCUUCCUUGGACUGCGCCGUGGACUAUGCUGAGAAGCGCAUGGCCUUUGGCUCCCCUCUCACCAAGCUGCAGAACAUCCAGUUCAAGUUGGCAGACAUGGCCCUGGCCCUGGAGAGUGCCCGACUGCUGACCUGGCGUGCCGCCAUGCUCAAGGACAACCAGAAGCCCUACAGCAAGGAAUCUGCGAUGGCCAAACUAGCAGCAUCUGAGGCUGCCACGAAGAUUGCCCACCAGGCCAUCCAGAUCCUGGGAGGCAUGGGCUAUGUGACCGAGAUGCCGGCCGAGCGCCACUAUCGGGAUGCCCGCAUCACAGAGAUCUACGAGGGCACCAGUGAGAUCCAGCGACUGGUCAUCGCUGGGCACUUGCUGAAGAGCUACCGGAGCUGAGCAGGGCCAGGGCCUGGGGACCGGGGCCCUGCCCAGCCUCCACCCAGUGCACUGGAGCAGCUGGGCUCUCUCACCUAGGAAGUUCUUGGGCUCUGUGCCCUGGCAGCGAGGUCCGGCUGCUGGGUCCGAGGAUUGUUUGUGAACUUGGGCCCGGGAUGCUCACCCCCUGCCUAGUCUCCUUUUCCCAAAUGUGCCUGGCUACUUCGAUCACUCUCCCCAAAUAGCAAAUCUCAGGGAAGAAUGUGGGUGCUCCAGGCCACCACUGUCAGGGAGGCAGCUCCACUGCAGAGGGGGCUUAAGCCCAUGGUGCCUCAGUUUCCCCUUCUGUAAGACAUGUUGCAUCCAGCUCAUCCUUUCUUAUGGAAGGGCUGGGGCAGUACUUAACACCUUAUUCUCGUCCUCAUCUUGAGGCCCCAGAGAGCUUGCAGACCUCAAUCCCACCCAUGGUCCAGUGCGGCCUGAGGUGGAGAAGGCUCCUUGGAGCUCCUGGGGCAGGGAGAGGAGCCACUGGCCGUUAAGUGCCUGAAGGAGCACAGACCCUGGGGAGGGGGUCUGGCCCCAGGAAUGCUGGGUCUUUCCAAAUCAUGUGACUCCUAAUUACCGAGGGAGUGGGGCCUGGCUUUUCUUUGCAAGCAAAUGACACUGUAAACAUGUCACCCAGCUCCAGCUUUUAAAAAAUUAAAUGUUAUUUUCA